GUUCGGGGGAGCCGGAGGAGGAAGGGGCGGAGAAGGAAACAGCAGCGGCAGCGGCUAGGGCCGUGGGCGCCCGGCUACGGCCGAGAGGGAGGAGCGGCGGGAGGCGGGGACGGAGCCCGACGGGGGCGGCCCCAGCGGCGCGAGCCCCACACCGGCCAGUCUGAGGGAGGGGAGCAGCUCGAGGAGGCGAAGGCAAGCCACGGACAAGACGCCGGCCCCAGGCCUCGUCCUUGAGGAGACGCUGGUCCCGCCGCACCAGAUUAUUGCCAAUAGAAAGAAAAAUAUUGACGCUUGCAUCCUGGAAGUCUACCAUUUAAGAACCUGAAAUUAGGGACUUUAUUCUAAUUUGGACAUGGCUAAUCGAGGAGCAACAAGACCCAAUGGGCCAAAUACUGGGAAUAAAAUUUGCCAGUUCAAACUAGUACUUCUGGGCGAAUCUGCAGUUGGAAAAUCAAGUCUUGUGCUUCGAUUUGUGAAGGGCCAAUUUCAUGAAUUUCAAGAGAGUACCAUUGGGGCGGCUUUUCUAACCCAGACUGUGUGUCUUGAUGACACAACAGUGAAAUUUGAAAUAUGGGAUACAGCUGGACAAGAACGAUAUCAUAGCUUAGCACCAAUGUAUUACAGAGGAGCACAAGCAGCAAUAGUUGUAUAUGAUAUCACAAAUGAGGAAUCCUUUGCAAGAGCAAAAAACUGGGUCAAAGAACUUCAGAGGCAAGCAAGUCCUAACAUUGUAAUAGCUUUAGCAGGGAACAAGGCUGAUCUAGCAAGUAAAAGAGCUGUAGAUUUCCAGGAAGCACAGUCUUAUGCAGAUGACAACAGUUUAUUAUUCAUGGAAACAUCAGCUAAAACAUCAGUGAAUGUAAAUGAAAUAUUCAUGGCAAUAGCCAAAAAAUUGCCGAAGAAUGAACCACAGAAUCCAGGAGCCAAUUCUGCCAGAGGAAGAGGUGUAGACCUUACCGAACCCACACAACCAACCAGGAGUCAGUGUUGUAGUAACUAAACCUCCAAUUUCAACUGUCUGGAAUAUUCUUCUGCUUCCUAAUUAUUAAUAACAGUGGAAUUGGAGCAUUUAACCUGGCCCAGUACAACUUCCAAAAAGGAGAAGAGACUUAUAAUAUAGUCAAGUUUCUAAUACAGAAUUAUUUUAUGUGUUUUGAACUUAAUUUUUAAUAACAUGCAUGUGUCACUAUUUGACUAAUGUUUCAGCAAUAGAAGGGACAAGUGGAAGCUCUUAAUAUUUGCUUCAUUGGAAGGUUGGGGUGGGGGAAUCAGUUCUUGCCAUUAGAAAUAUAGAAGAAUUAUUGUAAGGACCCACAAUUAACCAGCUAGUUCCUCUAAAUUCCCACGUUGAUGCAGAUAAUCUAUGACACAGAAUUGGGACUCCUUAAAUUGUUCUUUUUUUUUUUUUUAAUAGUUUUGAGAAGCAGGUCCUAAAGAUACUUCUGCUUUAUCUGCAGUAUUCAUAAAAAUGAUAGUUUCUGUCGGUAUCUAUUUUAAUUGUACAUUCCACAUUUUAAUAAUUUAACCAUUAACAAAAAAGAAAAAAAAACUUUUAGCCAUCCAUGUCUUCAGAGAAAAAAAUGAACUUUAGUUGGUAUAUGGUAUCUAAAUUAUAGCCUAUCUUGUUUUUAAAUGGUGAUAAAAAUCAAGUUUAUCCCCAUUUUCUCUUAUAAAGACAAAACUAAUAAAUGCAACUUGACAAAGAGAAGUGUUUUCCUUCAAACAUAAGAACUCUUCAACUAAAAUGAAACAAACCAAGUGUCUGUGAUUUCUCUUUAAUCACUGCUCGCCAUUUACAUGGGGUGGUUCUGUUUUAUUUUGUGAUGGGGUUUUUUGCUCCCUUUGGACAUAAUCUAGUCAAUGCACUAACAAUUAUGUACAUUCAACUUGAUUAUUUUAAACUUGGAUCUUCAAAUGUACUGUAAAUAGAGUACUGCAUUGUAGUCUCCAUUUAUGUUUAAUAUGUUCUAUAAUAUUUAAGAGUUGCUUAAAAGUAUGCAAAAUGUAUAGUUACUGUAACAGCUAAUUAAUUCCUCUUCAUCCCCUCCCCCCCUUGGAUUUGAGGGGGAUUGAGUUAUUCCUCCAUGGCUAGAACAGUAAUAAAAUGAAGCUACCGUGUCCGUAACAUGAGUAUUGCUGUCCGUCAAUAACGAACUUUGCAGCCUUGUUUUCUAAAGUUCAUUUUACUUUGAUCUGUUCCAUAUAUUGCACUAAUUCUUUUAGUUAUUUUUAUUAUAUGAAAUCUACCAAGUGUGUCAGAGAAAAAAUUAAUCUAUUUAAAUGUUGAACUGCUAGCAGAAACUUACUUGUGCAGGUUGUAAAUUUGCAGUAAUUGGGGCUUAGCAAGGAAAAUGAGAGUUCACCAGUGUUUAGUUUUAUAUUGAGGUGCUCAGGUUUAAUAAAGUGGUAUAAAACAGGA